AUGUGGCAGCUGAAAUUGUCUUUCGUUUUGGCUUUGGCUUUGAGCUGCGCGGAGGCCAAGCCCUCGCACCACUUUGAUCAUUUCGAUCAGCACCUCAAUCACUUUGAUCAGCACUUGAACCACUUUGAUCAGCACUUGAACCACUUUGAUCACUUUGAGCCAGUGCAUCAGGCGCUGCCGGAUCACGUGGACUAUGCAGCUCCUCUCCAGCUGCAGGAAACUCUGCUUCCGGCUCCGCUGCCGGCACCAGCCUGGCCCGAACCAGCUCACCUAGCUCCAGCGCCAGCUUGGCCCGAACCAGCUCACCUGGCUCCAGCGCCAGCUUGGCCCGCGCCAGCUCCGUUGGCACCAGCACCACUCUGGUCAGCACCACUCGCACCCGCACCAGCCCCUGUUUGGCCAGCACCAGCACCUGUUUGGCCCGCUCCUGCGGCACUCGCUCCUGCACCACUGCUGCCAGCUUGGCAUUUGCCGACAGUGACAAAGGUGCUGCCGCCAGUGCUCGAGGCGGUGCCCUUUGCGCCCAGCUAUCGUGCGACACUCGGACCAAAGCGCACCACACACCGCGUAUCCAUUGGCUACGCUUUUCCCAAGCUGCUGGCUGCACCACACGCCCAUUUGCGCGCACUGCCACUGAAGCUAGCGCACCACCAUAAACACCAUCAUUCGCUUUUCUAG